AGCCACCCAGCUCACUGCUCCGUAGUCCAGCGAGCCAGUGCCAUGAAGCUAUGGCUGAGCAGCUUGGGCAGCGAAGCUGUCGAGUUUGAGACCGCCGAGAGCGACACCGUGGGACAGCUGCAGGCGGCCAUUCGCCAACGCUGGGAGGUGCAUGAGAAGACUUUAGUGAAAGUGGUCCAUGAUACUUCGGUCUAUGAAGAUGCAGAGGAGACCUUGGUUGCUCUUGGCAUCGAAGACGGCACUCACCUCAUGGCGAUCCUGGAAAAUCCGGGGCCCAUUCUGUUGAAGGCGCAGAACUUGCGUUGCGGAGGAUCUGCGAAGGAUCUGCAGCUGGCGGUGCGUGGUGGGAGGCUGAGCCACCAAGCUGACCGGCUGAAGGUGGAGUUGACGUUGAAGGAUGGCGCCCCAAGCGAUGCAGAAUUCUUCGUAACCUUGCGUGAAGGCGAUGCAGUGUUGGCGCGCGAAAAGCUUUCUGCAACAGACAGGCAGGCGACCUUCGGUGAAAAACAUGAGAUUGUGCGACUCGCAAAACCUGACACCUUCUUCUCGCUGGAGUACACCCUGGGGAGCGCACAGAAUCGGGUUGCAGAAUGGACGUGUCUAAUCUUCUAUGUCAACUCCAGCAUCGAAGUGCCUAGCCAGACCUGUGGGAGGCUGUCCAACCGGGACGUUGUCCUGCCCCACCGGGACCGUGGUUUUGUUCGCAUCCGCACACGGGAUGGAAGUUGAGACCUUUGGACCGAUUGGACACCCUCCGGUGUCCUCAAAGGUGGCUGGAAAAUCACAUGUGUCACAUGGAGGUUUAUAGCUGGAAAAAAUCAGACCCUGCAGAGAUUCACUGAUGACACCGAUUCGGGCACGACCCGAAAUUCGGCGAAAAUUUGGGACAGCGCCCCAGAAGCCGUUAGCAUGGAGGCCGCGUGCCCACCAUGAAACUGUACAGUGGCUGCGGUUUGGGCAAAAGGGCGGCCAGUGGGCGACCAGUCGGUGACCAGUUUGCGCAGUGGCGAAGAUUUUGGAACCCAACUGCUGGGCGUAAGCAGUGU